CGGCCUUCAACGAUGAAUGAGCGACGCUAUGGCCACUUUACUUGUCCGACGUGCGGGAAAAGCUGGCAGAGUGCCCAUGUCUACUGUGACGAUUCCUCGUGUUACCAACAAGAGUGCAAGAAGUGUAGAACUCCCAGCCAGCCACGUACGGUAGAGCCUAUCGUCUGCUCCCAGUGCAAACGGACAAAAUGCACAUGCACACGGGAAGACGGAGAGAAGACUCGGGAUGUUAACCCCUCAAACCUCAUAGGUCUGACCUCUGCGAAAGGUGCAAGUCUGGAAAAAAAUGUCAAUGGCGAUAGUGAAGCCAUGAAACUUAACAACCUGUACAAAUUUGAUGACGAAAAUAUCGCCGAUUAUGUCCCGUAUCUUCUAUCGUUUCAGGAGCUGCUUCUUGAUCAGGUGGUCAGGGACACGCAGUUCCACACAUCACCUCCGUCAACGUUUGUCUGCCGUGCACGAUGUCGAACCGACGCUAUGGUUACUUCGAGUGUGACUGUGGGUCAACCUGAGAGUUCCCAUGUCUACUGUUACGGUUUCACGCCGAAGUACGAGCAGGAUUGCAGGUCUUGUGACACCCCUUGCAUGCCAUACCGUGUAGAGAAGCUGAUCUGCUCCAAAUGCAAACAACAUGAUUGCAUAUGUUCUAAGCAAGACCGCCUAGAGAGGACCAUCGACCCCAACAAACCACAUCGAUCUGAUCUCUGUCACAAGUGCCAGUCAGGCAACCCCUGCAUGUAGACCGACCUCGCACAUACAGAUCCCUGCUUGUAGACAGACCUGGUACAUACAGAUCCCUGCACAGACCCCUGCCAAUAGACGAACCUCGCAUAAACAGACCCCACCAGUAGACCGACCUCGCACAUACAGAGAACCAGUGACCUCUGUGAGAGAAGACCUUAAGUGCCCUGCUAUUUAACCUUCUGUACUUGUAUUAUGUAUGCGCAGCUCAUACUGAUGGUCAAAAAUAAGGGAACGCAACACAAUAUCGAAGAAUCACUUAGUGCUGAUCACAGUAGAAAAGCAACAUGUACAAAUUAUGUUGCAGGGCGAAUUUCUCCCUUAUGACUCCAUUGUCAAAUAGUAUCUUGCCAUGUUCUCAUACUUACAACCGUUCCCUUAUUAAUUCCAUCAGUCUAUACACACUCUCAUUAGCCAGUAUUUGUUAACAAUCUAUGUACCGCUACCUUUAAAAGAUAUACUUGUCCUGUCUGCACUUCAUUAUCCAACAAUAUGUGUUAUGCUUCUGUGAUAAUUCCAUGAAUAAAUCUGAAUGGCAAAUUU